AUGGAAUUAAGGAAGGUCAAUGGAAUCAAUAUUGUGCCUAAAAUUGAUGAAGUUUGUAGAAUUUGUGAGACCAUGGAACACCCUACCAAUGAAUGCCCUACAAUUCUAGCUUUUAAAGAGGUGUUGCAUGAUCAAGCAAAUGCUAUGAACAUGGUGAAAAGAUCAUACCCUUCCCCCUAUUCAGAGACAUACAAUUCAGGGUGGAGGAAUCACCCAAAUUUUAGUUGGAGGAAUGAUAAUGUGGUUGCACCUCCUACACGUGAUUCUUCAAAUUUUGUUCCCUAUAAUCCCUCUCCAAAGAAGAGUCUUGCGGACACUUUGCAGCAAUUUAUGCAAACUCAAUCCACCAUUAAUAAUCAAAACUCACAAGCCAUAAAUGACAUUAGGAGCACUCUUACUAAAUUGACCACAUCCUUGAGCACAAUAGAAAAGGGUAAGUUUCCAUCUCAACCACAACCAAACCCCCGAGGUCAAUUUUGUGUUGAUGAUUGUAGUUCCUUUGAAAAUAAAGUGAGUCAAGUUAAAUAUGUAACUACUCUUCAUAGUGGAAAAAUCAUUGAAAAAGAUAUUCCUAAAAGCAAUACACAUGAUGAGUCUUCCAAAAUAAAGAGUAGUGAUGAGGUCCUUGAGUCUAAAUCUUAUGAAAUUGAAAGGUGUCCUAUCCUUGCUCCUUUUCUCCAAAGGUUGAUUUUCCCUCAAAAAGUGAAUCAAAAUUUUGAAAUCUUUGAAGUGCUUAAGCAAGUUAAAGUGAACAUUCCUCUUUUGGAUGCCAUAAAGCAAAUUCCAUCGUAUGCUAAAUUUUUGAAAAAAUUUUGUACUGUUAAGCGUAAGCUUAAUGUACAUAAGAAGACAUUUUUGACUAAACAAGUUAGUGCAAUCAUUCGAAACAAUAAACCUCCAAAGUUUAAAGAUCCAGGUUGUCCCACUAUUUCAUGUGCGAUCGGUAAUUCAAAAAUAGAGAAAGUUUUGCUUGAUCUUGGGGCAAGUGUGAAUCUUUUGCCAUAUUUAGUGUAUGAGCAAUUAGGUCUAGGUGAGUUAAAACCCACUUCCAUAAUUUUACAACUUGUUGAUCGAUCUGUGAUUGUUCCAAAGGGUGUUGUUGAGGAUGUUUUGGUUCAAGUGGACAAAUUUUAUUUUCCUGUUGACUUUAUUAUUUUGGACAUGCAUCCUGUUUCUAAUGCUAAUUCUCAAAUAUCUGUGAUUUUAGGACGCCCAUUUCUUGCAACUUCUAAUGCAUUGAUAAAUUGUAGAAGUGGAGUCUUAAAAUUAUCUUUUGGCAAUAUGACCCUUGAGCUUAAUAUUUUUAAUGCUUGUAAGCAAAUUAGGGAUGAAGAGGAUGUGCAUGAAGUUAACUUGAUUGAAACAAUUGUUCAAGACCAAACAUUAGAAACUUGUUUAGUUAAUUCAUGUGAUUUUAACUUUGAUGAGAAUUCUGAAAUUGCAUACAUUCAUUGUCUCUUGGAAUCUGCACAGGAAUUGGAAGCGGGCAAUUGCAAAUUGAAAUACAAGGAGUUGCCACCUUGUGAGAUAAAGUUGUUCCCAUCUAGUGAGCAAGUACCUAAAUGGAAGUUGAAACCCUGGCCAAAUGAUCUCAGGUAUGCUUUUCUAGGAACCGAUGAGACUUUUCCUAUGGUAAUAUCUUCUGAACUUGAUUCCUUGCAAGAAUGUAAGUUAUUAAAUGUUUUGAGUAAACAUAAGGGUGUCAUAGGGAGGAACAUGGCUAACAUAAAAGGACUUAGUCCAUUGGUUUGUAUUCAUAGGAUUUAUUUAAAGGACAAUGAGGCAUACCAUACUACCUAUAAAAAUAUUCUUAGUAUGUCUUCCUAUAGACUUGUUUAUGGUAAAGCUUGUCACUUGCCUGUGGAAUUGGAACAUAAAUCAUAUUGGGCAAUAAAGAUGUUUAACUUUAACUUAGACAAGGCUAGUUCAUUGAGAAAAUUGCAAUUGAAUGAAUUGGAAGAAAUUCGGCAUGAUGCAUAUGAGAAUUCUAGGAUUUCUAAAGAAAGAAUGAAGGUUACAUUUGUUCCUCGAAAAAUUGAGAUCUAG